AUGGCUUCACUUGUGGCCGCAGCUCGUUUGCAAAGGCGUGACUCGACAGACCGGAGAUCGAAGCUGCUGCGGGCGAGCGCCACAGUACCAACUAUCACCACAACAACUGCUGGGGGGAAUGCAAUUGCGUCAGUGCCGACUCGGAGGGCAUCAGAGCUGUUGACCCGGGUCGCCAUCAUCGCCGGCUCGCCGUCCGAGCCCAUUGUUCGCUCUCAGCCUGUUCCGUCUCGUUCCCCCACGCUUGACAGCGUCGACCGCCAAAGUGAUCUCUCAGUGUCACCUGUCAGCCAGCCAGACUUCGGUGACAUGCAUGAAGGAUUCGAGGCGAGAUACUUCAGCUUCCCCAGCUUUGACUUGUACGAGUCAAGUCGUCGGGAGGAUGAGAAGGACGAUGGGCCAAAGUCGCCAUGA